AUGAUCAGCCGCCGCCACAAAGAAGCUGCAACCGUGAAUCCAUGUAUUGUUGAAGACCUGGUUGAUCCUGACUGGACGGAGCAACAGCGAGCAGACUUCGAGGCUGCUCUACCGCUAGCCAGAUCCGAGGUAAAUGUUGCAGUGGCGGGCGUAACAGGGUCUGGCAAAUCUGCGUUGAUCAACGCCCUCUGCGGCGCAGUGCCGAAAGACGAGGUGUAUGACAAGGAUGGGAAAGUAGUGGAGGUCGAGCUUCCCGCAAAGGAAGGGGAGACGCUUUCACACGAGACGCAGGGAGUAGCGAGUUAUGAAGCGCAAAAGGCGUCUCUGUCCGGAAGACACUACACCGUCACGGUAUGGGAUAGUGCAGGAUUGGAAGACGGGACGGGGAGAGGUCUUGCAUACAUUCAGCAACUUCACGGGGAGUGUGGUGGCCAUAUCGAUAUGCUGCUAUACUGCGUCAAGAUCUCCCAACGGUGUGUAGUGGAGGACAUGGUCCCAGGAAUGAAAGUGGUUACAGAAACCAUGGGCCCUGAUAUCUGGCGUCAUGCAAUGGUAGUUCUCACUUUUGCAAACAUCCUUCAGGAGAAUAUACUGGAGGCUUCAUUUGAUGAAAGCGCUGGCGAAGACACAAAUCACAUCUUUGCCUCACGUUUAGGUCAGUGGCAGGAUGGCGUUUGUCUUGCUCUCAAACAGGCGGGUGUAGCGGAAGAGAUUGCCAGUGAAGUGCCUGUGGAACCAGCCGGUCAUUACCUUGAGCCCAGUCUACCAGACCGACCCCACUGGCUGGGCUACUUGUGGCUAAAAUUUCUUAUGCACUCCAGGGACGAAGCAAAACUAGCCAUCCUCGUUAAUAACCAGCACCGUAUUAGAGAUGCCGAGCAUCUCACUCCAGAGGAUCUCCUCGAGUGUCAGCUACAACAGAGCAGUAGUGCUCAGAGCAUCCCAAUCGUUGUCGAUCGAAAGCAGGUCAGCAAAGCUUUGAAAAUUGGGACGGGGGUGGGUAUGGGGGUGGCCUCAGCUGUGACGGGGGCCUGUUUGGGGGGUUUGGCAGGGGGGAUAUUGGUUGGACUCCCCACUGCAGGGAUAGGAGCAGCGGCAGGGCUGGCUGCGGGAGCUGCUGUGGGGGCUGUGGUUGGGCCACUGGUGGGGAUGGCCGUGAACAAGACUCUGCUGAAGAGACAAGAAAAACUCGCUGCAAAACAAAACUCUUGCAACUGA